AAGUAUUCUACUAAAUGGAAUGGACAAGGAAGACACUCUGCCGGGCAGACAGACUGUGCGCACUGUUGAUCUCCAAACACUGAUAGUUUGUCGGGGUUUGAAAUUCAUAAAUUCGCAGGAAGAUUUCUGGUUGUUGGCUUCUCUUUCCAGGCUGGUUCCAAAUCAAAAGAGUAUUCUUUAUCGUAGGACAAGAGAGAGGACACAGCAUGCUGUCGUCCCUGAAGACUCUGCUGCUGCUCUCCGUCCUGUGCGCACCGACCUCCAGCCUGUGCCUGCGCCUCUACCAGAGCGGCUCCGACCUUCUGUGCAACGACCACACGACUCUGGGGGCUCGAAGUGAGGAGAGCGAGCCGGGCUACUCCCCCGUGGAUGCCUGGGCUUCCCUCCUGCAGUCCGCGGACUAUCUCUCCUCAUCCACCUCCUCGUCCUCUGCAGAGUCCAGUCGGGAAAAAAGGACUUCAAGUCCCGCGAACUACCGCUUCAUGAGUCGGACGAAGCUCAGAGGGCAGAUGCUGCGCAACAACAUCAAAGGGGACCGGAGGAGCAGACUGACCCUGUCCCUGGAUGUCCCAACCAACAUCAUGAAUGUCCUCUUUGACGUGGCCAAAGCCAAGAACCUGCGCGCAAAAGCGGCGGAGAACGCGCGGCUCCUGGCGCAGAUUGGACGGAGGAAAUGAGAAAACACGGAGAAACUUUGACUCAGCAGAGGGCAAUGACUAAAUGUAAUCAAUAACUUUUUGUCUCCUCGAAUAAACAACAACUCGUUUCUCUAGGGGAACAUUAAAAUAACCACGCUAACAGGUGAAAUCAUAACUGCAGUGAUCUCAAUGUUUGUGAAUUAACAUCGUCUUUGUUGUACAAAUGAAAGCACAGCGAGAAACCUGUCUGAUAUUGGACUUAACUUGAUGAAACGGCGUUAAAGAUGGCUAAAUUUAGUUUUAAAAUACAUCAAAGUGAACAUUUGAUAUAGACUGAAGUUUUUGGGGUUUUUUUUUCCUUAUAACGCUUAAUUGGCCUAAAUUACUUUUGAUUUUAAAUAUGUUUUAAUAAACAUAAAAAAUUCUUAGUUUUGCAGUUGUCAGAAGCACUAUGUUAUAUGGUGCUAUAAAGUCACGUGAUUAGCUUGGUUAUAUAGUCUUAAUUCCAGAAAACAAUAAUCUAUCGAUUGUUUUUUGUUUUCUUUCAGCUUUGCGCACUAAUGUCUGCAAAGUAAGUUAGAAAAAAUAUUGAGAUAUGUAGGAUUUUGCCCAUAUUUAGAUUUGGUGUUUUUAGGGCGAGCAUAAAUGUCGUUGCUGGUUUUUAUGUGUAAUGUUUUCCUUUACUCAAAUUUCCCACGAACAGUGGCACAAACAACUCGCUGACAAUAAAAUACUGUACAAAUCAUCUGCAGAGAUCAUGAAUACAGUAAAAUGCAAAUGCAUGUGAAUGUAUGUUGUCAUCAGAUGUCUCUUAUUUUUCUACUUUCCAAUAAAGGAUUAUUUUUCCUCAAAUAAAGCAGAUGUAACAACAUACAACUGCCUCUUUCCAUACAAUAUUAAAAGAUACAUAACAUAUUUUCCCACUGUCUCAAAACAUGACUAUUAGUUUAAUCGAUUACCCUAAAACUAUGCUGACACGUGAUUUUUUUAUUUUUUAUUUUUUUUGUCCGUUGUGUUUCUCUGCUGCCUUAUGAUGGAUUGGCGACCUGUCCAGAUUGUACCCCAUAUCUUGCUCUAUUCCCCGUGACCUUGGAAGAAUAAGCUAUGGACGAUGGAUGGGUUCACUCAAUCAAUCAAUCAAUCAAGUUGAUGAUUUGUAUAGCACAUUUCGGCAACAAGGCAGUUGAAAGUGCUUUACAUCGUAACUUAUCGGAAAAUGGGACUUUACUUUCUAUAAAACUAGAGCUUCGCCGUUUUGGUAUCAGUAAAUCUGAAUUACUAUGUGUCUUAAAAUAAUGCUAAAAUAAAUAAACAAUAAUCCAGAUUUGCCUUAAUUUGUUUGAACCUUGCACAUAUACAUAGCUAAGUAA